GAUCGCACGCCCGGCCGGCCAGCUCAACUUCAAAAUCCAAGCUCCAUCAACUCGAACGCCACCACCAUUUUUAGCUGCUACUACGCGUGCGUGGCAGCUUAGCUCAUGGCGAUGGGAAGGUGGCUGGGGUCAAAGAGGAAGGGCGGGGAGAAGGACCAGGAUGAGAAGGAGUACGAGGUGGACGACGUGCCCGACCGGUCGCGCUCGUCCCGGAACGAGCUUGUCGGCCGCCUCCCACCGCUCCGCCGCCACAGCCGUCUCGGCACCGAUGGCCGCGAGGACGGGUUCCUCCACGGCCGCAUCAUUCACCCCGACAACAAGUUAUAUAGGUUAUGGACCAGGUUCAUAGUGGUUUGGGCAGUGUACAGUACCUUCCUUACACCAUUUGAAUUUGGAUUCUUCAGGGGGCUCCCUAGGAAGUUGUUCUUCUUGGACAUAGUUGGCCAGAUUGCCUUCCUUGUUGAUAUUAUCCUGAAGUUUGUUGUGGCCUACCGUGACACCGACACAUACCGCAUCGUAUACAAUCCAACAUCUAUUGCCCUCCGAUACUGCAAAUCAAGGUUCAUUUUCGAUCUCCUUAGUUGCUUCCCAUGGGAUGCUAUCUAUAAGGCUUCUGGACGUAAAGAGGAACUAAGAUACCUACUGUGGAUUCGCUUAGCACGAGCUCUGAAAGUCACAGAAUUCUUUACGGAUUUGGAAAAGGACAUCCGUGUGAAUUACCUGUUCACAAGGAUAGUGAAACUCAUAGUUGUGGAACUCUAUUGUACACACACAGCAGCUUGUAUCUUCUAUUACCUGGCAACGACGCUUCCUGAAUCAAUGGAAGGACAUACAUGGAUAGGGAGUUUGCAGUUAGGAGACUAUAGCUAUUCUAAUUUCAGGGAGAUUGAUAUUACCAAGCGUUAUAUUACAUCAUUGUACUUUGCCAUCGUCACCAUGGCAACUGUUGGUUAUGGUGACAUUCAUGCUGUAAAUGUUAGGGAAAUGAUAUUUCUCAUGAUUUAUGUUUCAUUUGAUAUGGUACUUGGCGCGUACCUCAUUGGUAACAUGACUGCAAUGAUUGUGAAAGGCUCGGCAACCGAGCGAUUCAGAGACAGAAUGAAAGAAGUUAUCAGGUAUAUGAACAGAAAUAAACUUGGAAAGGACGUCAGAGAACAGAUCAAGGGACAUUUGAGGUUGCAGUAUGAAAGCAGCUGCACUGAAGCCUCUGUACUUCAGGAUAUCCCAAUUUCUAUUCGUGCAAAGAUUUCUGAAACACUGUACAUACCCUAUAUUGAAAGAACUCCAUUGUUCAAAGGAUGCUCCGCAGAAUUCAUCCACCAGAUUGUGAUUAGGCUGGAAGAAGAGUUCUACUUACCAGAAGAAGUUAUUUUGGAGCAAGGAAGCGCAGUUGAUCAAUUAUACUUCGUCUGUCAGGGUGCACUGGAAGGUGUUGGCAUUGGCGAAGAUGGUCAAGAGACUAUCAUAAUGUUGGAGCAAGAGAGUUCAUUUGGAGAAGUUGCAAUUCUUUGCAACAUUCCACAGCCCUACACCGUUCGUGUUUGUGAACUAUGCAGGCUCUUACGUCUAGAUAAAGAGUCGUUCACACACAUAUUAGAGAUUUAUUUCGCUGACGGAAGAAAACUUUUGAGCAAUCUUACUGAGAACAAUGAAUAUGGCCAGCGUGUCAAACAUAUAGAAUCAGAUAUCAUAUUCCAUAUAGGGAAGCAAGAGGCAGAGCUGACCUUAAGAGUAAAUACGGCCGCUUUUUAUGGUGACCUUCAUCAGCUGACAGGCUUAAUCCGAGCUGGAGCCAAUCCAAAGAACACUGAUUAUGAUGGGCGAUCUCCUUUGCAUCUUGCAGCUUCCAAAGGGUAUGAAGAUAUUGUGCAGUUUCUUAUCCACGAAGGGGCUGAUAUCAAUCUUACUGAUAAAUUUGGGAGCACACCCUUGCUGGAGGCAGUGCAGCAGGGGCAUGGUAGAGUGGCCACAUUGCUGUUUACAAAAGGAGCCAAGCUGAACCUUGAGAACGCCGGCAGCCGUCUCUGCAUGGCAGUGUCAAAGGGAGAUUCUGAGUUCAUUCAAGGUGCUCUGGCUUACGGUGCUGAUCCAAACUCAAAAGACUACGACCAGCGCAAUCCUCUCCACAUAGCAGCUGCAGAGGGCUUGUAUAUGAUGGCGAAGUUGCUGGUAGAAGCAGGCGCCAGCGUAUUCGCAACAGACAGACGCGGUACUACGCCAUUGGACGAAGCACGUGAGUCCGGGAGUAAGCCGCUUAUGAGGUUGCUGGAACAAGCGAAAGCCGCUGAGCUCUCCAAGUUCCCUACACGCGGCGAAGAAGUGAGAAACAAAAUGCAUCCGCGACGUUGCCCCGUGUUCCCUUACCAUCCGUGGGAACCUGAUGCCAAGCGAAAAGAGGGAGUGGUGAUGUGGAUUCCUCACACGAUUGACGAACUUAUAAGGUCCGCCCAGGGGAAGCUGGGUUUGUCUGGUUCAUGCCUUCGCUUGCUAUCCGAGGAUGGCGCAACGGUCCAGGACAUCGAUAUGAUCAAUGAUGGGCAGAAGCUCUAUCUGGUCGGAGACGAGGACACGAGUGAGAACGCAUAGAAGGUGAGCCAAAUGGGGAAGUAAGACAGACCAUGUUUUUUGCAACAAAUUUUGCAUUUGCUUUCAGGUGCAUAUGUAUAGCCUAUUUUCCACAGCGGGGGAUUUGAUUAUCUGCCACACCGCGGUGUAACUGGCAUGUGCUGGUCAAUGUGGUGAAUAAUCAAUUUUCAGAAAUUUUCUGGGUGUUGUGCCAGCGUAGAUAGAUAGUGUUACAAGAACACCCACUCUGGAUGGUGUACAAAUUACAGUUGAAUGUAAAUUCGAAAUGGAAUAUGAAUAAAGUGAAUGGAACAAAAACAGCUCAG